AUGGCGCUUCUCCUUCACCAGGACAGCCUCCUCAACGACAUGUGGCUCGUGUGCCCAGGGCAAUGCGGCCAUCGUAUGCGACAGCAGUGUGUCGGGCCAACGGUGAUCAAGACCACACUCAUGAUCGAACACAAGGCGGUUGCUGUCGAACAUCUUGCGGAGGUGUCACCCGAUGAGCUGCCAGACAUUCUACGAGCACACCUGAGAAGGGGGAAUCGGCGCCUUCCGGCAAGCGCCAACACGCUGUUGCCGACACUCUUCGGAAACCAUCGCCCCACCCCAGCACAACAGCAGCUCCUCACGCCUCUGACAACACCGACACCGAGUAGCAGCCCUGCACCCAUCAUCGCCAGCAUCGGCAAGGUAGGAUACAAAGGCCCGCGAGGAAACGCAUACACCAGCAAAAGGCAUGACGUACCUCAGCAUAAGGCGAUGCUGAGGGCUCUGCCUGGUGUUCAAAUGGUGCAGAUUGAUGGUGCGUCGGGCCUUGUGGAAGUGAAACACGAGACCUACGGGAAAUGGAGCGAGAUCCGCUUCUGCCCCAUCACCUUCAUCGUGUGCACCACCGUGUUUCUUCGUCGCGUCCAUCAUCAUGGCCGUGUGUGGCCGGACUUCUGGGAUGCGCGCAUGAUUGACGGCAUGUCGCGACGCAUAACCCCAUCCUCAUGCUGCUUGGCGUGGUCGCCUUCAUUUCCCGGUUGGCCGUUUUCUCGUCUCCGUGGCGCAGUCCACCAUCCACCUCCCACGAGUACUUUGACUUGUGGUGGUGGUGGUGGCGACCUCUUCUUUGAGACCGGCAUUCUCCCUCUUCACCUUUGUGUCGCUCGGGCGGUACAUCGAACACCUCGCCAAAGGCAGCACCUCCAGCCUGCCGAAGGAAGAUAUAGUCAAGGCAACCGCGUGGAGGAGCGAAUUGACACGGAGCUCGUGCAGCGCGGCGACAACAUGAAGGUGCAUGGUGGCUGGCGACAAAGUGCCUGUGGAUUUGAUGGACGCGUGCUGGGAGGUGCAGGUGAAAUGGACGAGGCCAUGAUCACGGGGCGAAUCAACACUCGUCUCGUCUCCAAAGGCGUUGAUGACAUUGUCAUCUGA